CCGGGCUGGCCGCUUUCGCCCGUGCGGGCCGGAGCGGCGGCGGCGGCGGCUGCCAGAGCCUUCCCGUUAAAGGCUCCGAGCUGGAAGAGACCGCGGCCCGGCCGCCGGCAGGAGCGGAGCGGAGCGGAGCGGACCACGGCGCGGGCCCGCCGCGGGACUACAUCUCCCGUCGGUCGCGGGGCGCUUCCGUCGCGCCGUGAGGCAGGCGGCGCCGCGUCCCGUCAGCGGGCGCCGGGCUGGGGCGGCGCUUUGCUCCCUCCCGCCCUCCCCUCACCCGCCUCUUGCUGCUGCUGCGGCGGCGGCGGCGGCGAGCCCGAGGCCGAGGGAAGAUGGCGAAGACCUACGACUAUCUGUUCAAGCUGCUGCUGAUCGGGGACUCGGGCGUGGGCAAGACCUGCCUGCUCUUCCGCUUCAGCGAGGACGCCUUCAACACCACCUUCAUCUCCACUAUCGGAAUUGACUUUAAGAUCAGAACAAUAGAAUUAGAUGGAAAGAAAAUCAAGCUACAAAUAUGGGAUACAGCAGGCCAGGAGAGAUUCCGCACAAUCACAACAGCUUACUACAGAGGAGCCAUGGGAAUUAUGCUGGUGUAUGACAUCACAAAUGAAAAGUCUUUUGACAACAUAAAAAACUGGAUAAGAAACAUAGAGGAGCAUGCCUCUUCAGAUGUAGAAAGAAUGAUCCUGGGUAACAAAUGUGAUAUGAACGAAAAAAGACAGGUCUCAAAAGAAAAAGGCGAGAAGUUAGCAAUUGAUUAUGGAAUCAAAUUUUUGGAGACAAGUGCAAAAUCCAGCAUAAAUGUGGAAGAGGCAUUUUUCACACUUGCACGGGACAUUAUGACAAAGCUCAACAGAAAAAUGAAUGACAGCAGUUCGUCAGGGGCAGGGUCACAAAGCCUCAGAAAUAAUACCACCAAGCUGCUGCUGAGAGCUCCAUUGAACGUAGACUGCGAUACACAAAUACCAAGUGGAUUUUGCUCACUAAGCCUAUUGACCUGUCAGGCUCUUCUUUCUCAGAUAUGGAAGCUAUGAAGUGGAGACACAAAUGCAAGAGUUAACUUGUUUUCCUUUUUUACUUUCUGUUUUAUUGCCUGUUGCAAAAGCUGCUAUGUUUCUUUUAACUUUGCACAUCCAUAUUGGCCUCUUACUGCCUGUUACAGCACAAUCUUACAUUUGUAUUUGCACAGUUUGACUUGUAAGAUUCUUAACAGAUUUGUGCAGGUUUUUCUUUCUCUUUUUAAACAAAUUUAUUUUCAAGCAGAAGAGCCAGGGAAAAAUUAAGUCUCACUUCCAUUAUUUUCUAUGCUGUAUACUUGUGGCCAUGACUGCAGUAUGGAUGUUGACACACUAGUGAUGAGAAUUACUGUAACAAUUGGCAUUUAACAAUUUGUAUGGGUUUUUUCUCUUAGAUGCACAAAUCUGUUCAUGCAGAAGCUGUGGCUUCUAUUCUGAAUGUAGUGUGUUGCUUUUCUUUCUUUACCAGACUUCGCAAAGUUGUGUUCUGCAUUGCCAGUCACUGUCUGAUUCACAGAUGCACCUUUCAGUUAUUUGAAUAAACACAGUGUCUUUCCUCACUUAACUUCCCUUUGUUAGCUCAAACUGUCUGCACCUUUUUUUGUUUCUGAUGAAGUACACUCUGGAGUUGAAAUCGUCACAAAUUGGCCUCAUCACUAUCACUUAAGUGGCUUGUGGAAGCUGAAUGCAUGACUUUUGAGUAAUCUCUUUGUGGAUUCAUUUGUUCAGAAAUGACUGCUUCUAAAGGUGACUUCCAUUUCUACUGUAAUUCUAAGGAUAGUUCGUUAAUGUCUGUAAGCAUUGACCCUGACAACAGCGGUGUCCAAAAACUAGCUUCCUGUGCAGUUGCUGAAAUUUAUCAAGUUCUGGCACUAAGGGAGCGGUCACAUUAGGGCUAUAAUGUACUAUUAGUUAUGGAGUUAAUGCUGAAUGUGUGAAGCCCUCUUUGGUCUGCUCAAGCAGUUAAGUUAUUUUUUCAUCAAAAACUGGUACAGUGACCUAGACUGUUAGAAGCAGAGUUGAAACAUAGUUGCCUUUUUUUACUCAACUGAGCAUUGUAUAACCUAGUCUUUGUUCUACUACUUUUUUAUUGUCUUCUGAAAAAUUUCCUCAAUGAACAAUUAAAACAGGUGCUUUAGUUCUGUUGAUGUGCCAAACUUGGACCAUUGUAAGCUUUAACUACAAGUUUGUGUCCAGCAUGUUUGUUAUUAGGGGAUAGGUGCAUUCUGUCAUUGUCAAAGUUACUGUCUGAUGUGCUUGCUUUUGCCUCACUACAUUGUCUAGAGUUGUAAACAGCGAGUUGGUUGUUACCACAGAUAACUGCUUCAUUUUGUGGUGUCAGGUACUGAAUUUGUCAUCUCUGGGUCUGUUGUAAAUAUUUUGAAAGAGAACGGGGGGCCAAUAGCAUUAGAUUUAAAGACUUUUGAUUUUAAAAGGUUUAACAUUAGUAGCUGGCUCCAUAAAGUUUUAAGUGGUUAUCAACCUGUCCCCACAUGUAGUUUAGUAGAAAUAGUUAUUGUAACUAGAUGGUGAAUCUCAUAAACUGCUGUUGCUGCACUAAACCAGAAAAAUCUUCAUGGCAACAAGGUUUAGUGAAAAUACAAAGCAACCCUAACUGCUCUGUUGUCUACCCUUGAUGUUUUACUCGGACAGGCUGAAGCAGUUAUGUUUUCUGUAUGGUUUAAAAAAGUGCUUCUAUACAGAAAGUGUUGUGACACCAAUUAUGAAUGUUGUUUAUUUUUAGUAAUUUACCUCUGACUUAUUUGGUGUCGUAAUACUUUGAUUUUUAUCUCAGGGGUUGUCUGGAAACCAAAACUGACAUGUUCUGUGUUUGGCACCGUUUACAGAAUGCUUUGUAUUGUUUUUCCUGUCUUCGCUGUGUGGUUAAAUGUUCAUUCAAUAUUAGUCUCCAUGAACUUCCCUUUGAAAGAGCCUGUAAGUAGUAGGGUCUAUGAAGUGCUUCUUGAAGCAGCAGCGAAUUGGGGUAUCUGCUCUGUAUGGGGGGGGAGAAAAAGAACUUGCUAUUUUCUUACAUUUAGCUGUGCUAAACUGUACAUAAAUGUGAGGUAAGACCAUAGGAAAUUCACUUUAUGCAUGAUAAAAUAAUGCAGUAAAUAUUUCACUUUGCUUAAUGUUCAUGUAAAGUUCAUCUUUUUCUAUUUGUAGAAGAAUUUAAUGCAAUUUUGUUGUCCCCUGCUGAAACUGAAGAAUUCUAAUUUCAUGUGGUCUUAUGGAUAAGGUAAAAUGCAGAUUUCGCUCUCUUUCUUUGUUGUUUUGCCCCCACCCCUCUUCUCCAGCAGUAUUAAAUGGCUAGUGGCUGCACUUUAUCGGUGUGCUAACUUUUGGUCAGAAUAGACCUUUUUCUGUGUACAGUCUGCCUUGUCAGACAUUGAAAAAUGUGCUGUAUCUUAGCGUGCAAAUCAGCUGUAUGUUUUACUGCAAAGUUUUUUAGCUAUAUUUUCCUUUAGACAAGCAGGUGAUGAUAAAUGGUAUGUUCUGCCUAUGCAUCAGAUGCUGGGUACUACAGGCUUUUCUAAUAUCACUAUGAUUGUUUUGUGCAGUCUCUGUUGCUACUUUGCUCAAGACUAUAUAAUCUAAAUUGUGAAGGACUCUUAACUAUACCUCAGUCAACUAGUUAGUAUUCUAAUGUCCAUUAGAAUGAAAGUCAUAUAAUUAUUCAUUAAGCAGCAAAUGUAUUUCUGUUUUGUUCCAGAAAUUGCCAUUAACCUUUCAGGAAAAGCAGACAUUUUUUGGUGGAUUUCGAUACAACAAAAAUGCUGCUUAUGCUAUGGAGUUUUAUGAAAUCUUUCCCUCAGCCCCAUGUCUGUGCACUAUAUCUUGACCAAUAUUUUUCUAAAUGGUUUAAAAAACAAAAAAAAAACCCAACUGGUCUCAGUGCUUUGCAAUUUUAGCUUUCAGUCUGUGCUCAGCAAAACAUGCACAAGAAGUUUUUGUUGACUGUAUAUAGAAUAUUUGAUUUACUUACUGUCUGGAAGUUCUAUUAUUGCUAAAGCUUAAACCACUCAUGAAACUUAACGCAGCUCACUUGUCUAUUUGGGGGACAGUCUCAAAAAUGCUAAUUGACUUUUCAGACCUGUAGUUCUUUUUACAGAAAGUGUUUCCCAUUGUAAGUACCUUUCCCAUACUAGUCUGCUGAAGUCAAGUGAAUUAAGUGGAUCAUUUUCACAAGUGAAUAAAGGAGUCUUGAAUAUACAUAUCACAUUAAGAUAUUGUGAAUGGAUAAUGAUUUGAAAGUACAUGAAUAAUAUGUAAAAUGCAUAAAUGUGUUAUUUGUGAAAAUGCAUCUGUUUGGUUAUCUAUUAAUGUAACUGAAAUUUUGCAAUGUUAAACUGCUUAAGGAUUGGUCUGUAGGUGAUAAUAGGUCUUUUUUCUCCUCCAUUCACUGAACUGCUUAUGCCAUUCUCAUUCUUAUAAAUAAAACUUGUAUUUCUUUCCUCCACAAAAGCAGGAUUUCAAUUGAUUUUUCUUGUUUCUGGUGAAUUUAAGUAUUUUAGUGCAUUCCUAUGGCCUUACAAACAUUUUUGCAAAUAAAACUUCAGUUAUUUUAAUGCUAUAUAGCUACUAAAUUCAGAAUAAGAAGUAUAGUCCUUGAGAAAAUGCUUAAUUUUGAAAUAGGAUUGUUCUACUGUGUGUGUUUAAACACAUUUUAUCUCUGGUAUAAAGGUGUAAUGUGAAAAGCUCCUGCAGAUAAAAGUGAACUUGUCAUGUGGUUAACUUGUAAACCUAAUCAUUAAUUGUGUAUUGAUGUGUAUAGACAAAAAAACAAACCCAACCCCUAAAAAAAACCUUCACACUCCAAUGGUUUUAUUAUUCCAUGUGAACUUUUUUACAACAAUGUGUGUCUCAAAUAAAAGUUACAUAAUGAAAA